AUAUACAGCCAACGUUUGCCAUAUCAGUCAGCAGGCCACGAAACUUUAUGGUUGAUUUAGUUUCGCUUCGAUAUUAAUUAAUUAGAAUAAAUAUAUAUUUUUGAUAUGAGUGUGUGCCUAUGUGAGGAUCCGCACAGUUGGUAACUCCGUCCAGCUAUUAUCGCCUUAUCAUUUGGUCUGAUUCAUAACAAAAAUUACGAAAUUACCACAGUGAUAACGGAUAUUAGUAUCACACCACAGAGAUUUCGUUUACCACGUCGCCUGGCAGACGGAAAUAUAUACAAUGAAUGACCUUGUGCCUGAUGUGGUUGAUGAGGCGCCACCCAAGAACAAAUUGCAUGUUACAUAUCCGCCGGAAAUUGUUGUACGGGAAGGCAAUGAAUUGACACCCAGGCAGGUGAAAGAUCAGCCCCAAGUCAAUUGGGAGAAUGACGCGCCGACUGCGCUGCACACUCUGCUCAUGGUGGAUCCAGAUGCGCCCAGUCGUGCUGAUCCGAAGUUCCGUGAGAUUUUGCACUGGGCCGUCAUCAAUAUACCAGGCAUUCAGUUGAGCCAGGGUCAAGAACUGGCCGAGUACAUUGGCUCGGGUCCGCCGGAGGGCACUGGACUGCAUCGCUACAUCUUUUUGCUGUACCGCCAGAGCCACAAGAUUGAUGACCCCCAGCACAUAGACAAACGUACUCGCGAGGGACGCUUUAAUUUCAGUGCUCGCCAGUUUGCCAGCAAGCACGGAUUGGGCAAACCCAUUGCGGGCAACUAUUAUCAGGCCCAGUACGAUGGCUUUGUGCCGGUGCGCAACAAGGAGUUCACCGGCUAGGAUACAUCAGACAUAAAUAUAUAAUAUAUACACUCAUAAAGUUGCAAAAAAUAUAUAUUUUUUCCUACGAAUGAAUAUUAUGUUCUUUUUCACUUUUUUAAGAGUGCUCUUCCACUUGUAAAAUAUUAUAUUUAAUAUUUUUCGUAAUAUAUGU